ACUACAGUAAAUGCCUGAAAGUGAUUUUCGAGCUGGGCCUUUCCGCCUACUUCGCGAAAGGCCUGGGCUCUAGUGAACGGGUCACGUGUGCCUUUGGCAUGCGGGUUGCUCCUCUAAUACAUGAGGAAAUUCGUGGUUGGCAACCUUCAUCGGACGGCAGUGUUUUAGAUACCUAAAAUAAACCCAUUCCCAUCCCUCCUUAGUUCCCUGGACCCUACCUGGGUCAAUGGUACUUCAUUGCGGGUGCAGCUUCUACCCAGGAGGAGCUGGCGAUCUUUGUCCCAGUGGACAACAUUCUCUUCAACAUGGCUGCUAGCCAUGUUCCCCAAAAGCUCCAACUACGGGCCACCAUCAGAAUGAAAAAUGGGCACUGUGUACCCCGAAAAUGGACUUACCAUCUGACUGAAGGGAGCACAGAUCUCAAGACUGAAGGCCGCCCUGAUAUGAAGACUGAACUCUUCUACAGCUCUUGCCCAGAUGGGAUCAUGCUGAGGGAGACAGGACAAGGCUACCAGCGCUUCCUCCUUUAUAACCGAUCCCCACAACCCCCUGAAGAAUGUGUGAAUGAAUUUCAGUCCCUGACCUUUUCCUUGAACUCAAAAGCCUUCCUGCAGACCCCCAGGGAGAUAGAAGCCUGUGAGUUGUCCAGUGACUAACCUGUGCCCUCUAGGGAGCUGCAGACUUCUUGCUGCCUUCAAGAACAAUAAAGAUGAUUUUUCUGA